AUGACUUCUUGCAGCAACACCUGUGGGUCCAAGCAAGCCCAGACUGAGACUGAGGGCGGGUACCAGCGCUAUGGAGUUCGGUCCUACCUGCAUCAGUUUUAUGAGGACUGCACUGCCUCCAUCUGGGAGUAUGAGGAUGAUUUCCAGAUCCAGAGAUCGCCUAAUAGGUGGAGCUCGGUAUUCUGGAAGGUCGGACUCACCUCAGGCACUGUAUUUGUGAUUCUCGGACUAACUAUCCUGGCAGUGGGCUUUCUUGUGCCCCCCAAAAUUGAAGCUUUUGGUGAAGCUGAUUUCAUGAUGGUUGACACACAUGCUGUGCAGUUCAACGGCGCCCUGGACACGUGCAAGCUAGCGGGGGCUGUGCUCUUCUGCAUUGGGGGCACAUCCAUGGCAGGGUGCCUACUGAUGUCCGUGUUUGCCAAGAGCUAUUCCAAAGAAGAAAAGUUCCUUCAGCAGAAGUUUAAAGAGCGAAUCGCAGACAUCAAAGCCCAUACCCAGCCUGUCACUAAAGCUCCAGGCCCAGGGGACACCAAGAUCCCAGUCACUUUGUCCAGAGUUCAGAAUGUGCAGCCCCAAUCAUCCACUUGA